AUGCUGGGCCCAUGUCACCUUACCUUUGUCCUCCUGGCCAUGGCCAUCACCUGCACUGGGACACAACGCACAUCACUAUGGACAGAAGACUGCAGAAAAUCAAUGUAUCCUCCUUCUGGACCAACCUAUAGAGGACCAGUUCCAUGGUAUGCCAUAAAUCUUGAUUUGCCACCCUAUGAUAGAUGGCAUGAAUUAAUGACUAAUAAGCAACCAGUGCUAAAGAUUAUAGUGAAUUCCAUGAGGAAUAUAAUAAAUGCACUUUCACCAAGUGGAGAAGUUAUGCAAAUGGUAGAUGGAAAUUUGUCUAAAAUACUUGGAAAAUUUCCUGCUCCAUAUGAAGAGGAAAUGAAGGGAAUUUCAGAUGCUACUAACAUAUCUUUAGGAGAGAUUAUUGCCUUCAACAUUUUUUAUGAAUUGUUUACCAUGUGUACUUCAAUAAUAACUGAAGACAAGAAAGGUCAUCUACUACACGUUAGAAAUCUGGACUUUGGAAUAUCACUUGGGCAGAAUGUAAGUGAUAGUAAGUUGGUCAUAACUGAGCAACUAAAACUUUUAACAGUAAAUUUGGACUUCAAAAGAAACAAUAAAACUGUCUUCAAGGCUACAAGCUUUGCUGGCUACGUGGGUGCAUUAACAGGGUUCAAACCAGAACUAUUUAGUCUCACAAUAAAUGAACGUUUCAGCAUACAUGGUGGUUAUCUGGGUGUUCUCGAGUGGAUUUUAGGAAAGAAAGACGCCAUGUGGAUAGGGUUUAUCACUAGGUCAGUUCUGGAAAAUGGUACAAGCUAUGAAGAAGCCAAGAAAAUACUGACCCAAGCCAACUUAUUGGUCCCAGCAUACUUUAUUCUAGGAGGUAAGCAGUCUGGGGAAGGAUGUGUGAUUACAAGAGAAAGAAAAGACUCUUUGGAUGUAUAUGAACUCAGUCCUAAGCAGGGUAGAUGGUAUGUGGUACAAACAAAUUAUGACAGAUGGAAAGCCCCCUUAUUCCACAAUGAUCGCAGGACACCUGCACAGAUGUGUCUAAAACGUGUAACCCAAGAAAAUCUCUCAUUUUCAACCUUAUAUAAUAUUCUAUCAACAAAACCUAUUCUCAACAAGCUGACUGUAUUCACCACCUUGAUUGAUGUUACAAGCAAUCGCUAUGAAACUUACCUCCGGGAUUGCCCACACCCUUGUAUGGGCUGGUGA